AUGAGUGGUGCCGCGACGGAGCAAGGGGACAGUCUGAACAUUGCUCCAACAGUCCAAGGUGCAGCUAGAAUGGAAGGCGGCAAUGAAGCCCCAUUGUUGAACAUGAGAGACCCUAUAGUUCACGAAUUCUUCAUUCUUACGUCGCUCACCUACGCUAGACUGCUGUGUCCUUCUGCUAGAAGGCUUAUUGAGUUUCUGCUAUUAGUGAAGGCGCUCUGCUUCCUGUUCAUCCUUUUGUACCUACAUUUCCUCGCUCGUCAACCGACCAGCUGUUUGGAGGAGGUGAGGCAGAUUUGGCCCAGGCACGGCAUUCUUCAUAUUGAAGUCGUGAACGACGUUCAGCCUGAGGUUCCAUAUUCAUCCCGUGUCGCUGCCGCCGCGCCGCCGCCGUCUUCUCACGCCGUCUACACCUGCGAUUCCCGUUCCAUCCAGUACACCUCAGCUUACUUCGAGCACAUAUUGCCGGAAUCUCCGCCAUUGAAUAGAUACCCCACUGACUUUCGAAAUCGCUGGUAAUA